CCAUCAAAUCUCGAUUCAUUCUCCAUACCUGCGUCACAGAGAGAGAGAGAGAGAGAGAGAGAGAGAGAGAGAGAGAUGGAAGAUGAUAAGGGUUAUCGUGGGCAUGUGGUGGUCGUGCCAUACCCAAGCCAAGGCCACAUCAACCCUAUGCUCCAAUUCUCAAAGCGCCUGGCCUCCAAAGGCCUCAAGGCCACCCUCGCCACCACCGUCUUCAUCUUCAACUCCAUGAAGCCCGACACGUCCCCCUGGGUCGGCCUCGACACCAUCUCGGACGGCCACGACCGCGGCGGCUUCGCAGAGGCCGAGAGCAUCCCCACCUACCUCGCCCGGCUAGAGGCCGCCGGGUCCAAGACUCUAUCCGAUCUCAUCGUCAAGUACCAAAGCACCGGCCACCCCGUCGAUUGCAUCGUCUACGACUCGUUCCUCCCUUGGGUUCUCGACGUGGCCAAGGAGUUUGGGCUCGUCGGAGCCCCCUUCUUCACUCAGGCGUGCGCGGUGAACUACAUCUACUAUUUGGUCCACAAUGGGCAUUUGAAGGUACCCGUCGAGUCGUUGCCCGUUUGUGUGCCGGGGUUGUCACCGCUCGAGCUUCGCGACAUGCCUUCGUUCGUUUAUGUGGCGGGCUCGUACCCGGCUUACUUCGAGAUGGUGCUGCAUCAGUUCCUCAACACGGACAAGGCUGAUUGGGUUCUUGUCAACACCUUCUACGAGCUUGAGGCUGAGGUGGUGGGUACGAUGUCAAAACUUUGCCCGGUGUUGACUAUCGGGCCGACCAUCCCGUCAAUGUACUUGGACAAGCGAGUGGAGAACGACGUAGAAUACGGCCUCAGCCUCUUCACCCUGGACAAGUCCACCCUCAUCGCCGACUGGCUCCGAUCGAAGCCACCGAACUCGGUUGUCUACAUGUCCUUCGGCAGCAUGUCGUCUCUGGGCCCCCACCAGAUGGAGGAGCUUGCGUGGGGCUUGAAGCAAAGCGGAUCUCACUUCCUGUGGGUCGUGAGGGCAUCUGAAGAGGACAAAGUCCCCAGGCACAUCUUGAAACUAGAAGCUGAUGAUGGAGCUGCUGAUGACGAGAAGAGCAAGAAGGGGUUGAUGGUGAAUUGGUGUCCACAGCUCGAAGUGCUAUCGAACGAGGCCAUCGGUUGCUUCUUCACGCACUGCGGUUGGAACUUGACAGUCGAGGCGCUGAGCCUGGGGGUUCCGAUGGUGGCCAUGCCUCAGUGGACGGACCAGACGAUGAACGCCAAGCUGAUUCAGGACGUUUGGGAGGUCGGAGUUAGGGUUGAGGUCGACGAUGAUGGGUUGGUGAGGAGGGGUGAGAUCGAGGGUUGCAUAAGGGCAGUGAUGGAUAGCGAGAGAGGGAAAGAGAUGAGAAGCAAUGCGAGGAAGUGGAAAGGUCUAGGCAGGGAGGCCAUGAGCGAGGGCGGGUCUUCAGACAAGAACAUUGAUGCAUUUGUUUCCAAAAUAGAGAAUCGUACUGCAUAGGGGAAGUGGAUUAUUUUCUCUUUCAAGAGGGGUUUUCUGGGAAAAAAAAGUAGUGCAUGAAUCAUGAAUCAAAUAGAUGAAAGUCCUGAGGCAUUAA